AUGAUCUUGAAAUCGGAUUGUUUCGAUCCGCUGCAGGAGGCAUACGAAGGCGGGAGUCCGCAGGAUUAUAGCAGGAACCAUUCUCACAAGUCAUGGGCGAAUGUUAUUCCAGAUAGAUGCGGGUUGUACGAACCGGAGUACGAGAAGGAUGCGUGUGGUGUUGGGUUUGUUGCGAACAUCAAGGGCGAGCAGAGUCACAAGAUUGUGUCGGACGGUAGGUUUCUGCUUUGCAAUAUGACGCAUCGUGGAGCGGUGUCGUCAGGCGGGAACGGUGACGGAGCGGGCAUUCUGGUUGGGAUCCCUCACGAGUUCAUGCAGCGCGAGUUCAAGGCGGAUCUCGGGGUGGAGAUUCCGGGCCGCGGCGAGUACGCGGUCGGGAACGUGUUCUUCAAGAAGGAGCAGGAGCAUGAGGCGCUGCAGAGAGCCAAGACGGUGUUCGAGGAGAUGGCCGGCGCGCUGGAGCUUGCGGUGCUGGGUUGGAGGGAGGUGCCACGUGACUCGUCUAUUCUUGGGGAAGUGGCGCUAUCACGCGAACCGACGAUCCUGCAACCGAUGGUGGUGAGCACCAGAGAGGCGUUCGACGAGAGGGAGUUCCAGACGGCGCUGUAUGUGCUGCGGAAGCAGGUGUCUGAGCGGAUCGGGAUCGAGAAUUGGUUUUAUGCCUGUUCGCUGAGCAACAGGACCAUUGUGUACAAGGGUCAGCUGACGCCGGCGCAGGUGUACAAUUACUACCAUGACUUGACCAACGCGCAUUUCAAGUCGCACAUGGCGUUGGUGCACUCGCGUUUCUCUACGAACACGUUCCCUUCGUGGGACAGGGCUCAGCCGCUGCGGUGGAUCGCUCACAACGGUGAAAUUAACACGCUGAGAGGUAACAAGAACUGGAUGCACGCGCGAGAGGGCGUUCUUGUGUCGGAGACGUUCAAGGACCAGCUGGACCAGUUGUAUCCGAUCAUCGAAGAAGGUGGUUCCGACUCUGCCGCGCUGGAUAACGUUUUGGAGUUGCUGACCAUCAAUGGCGUACUGUCGCUGCCGGAGGCCAUCAUGAUGAUGGUGCCCGAGGCGUACCACAAGGAUAUGGACUCGAACUUGAAGGCGUGGUUCGACUGGGCCGCGUGUCUGAUGGAACCUUGGGAUGGCCCCGCGCUCUUGAAUUUCACCGAUGGUCGGUACUGUGGUGCUAUGCUUGACAGAAACGGUCUGAGACCUUGCCGUUACUACGUGACUUCGGAUGACAGAGUUAUUUGCGCUUCUGAGGUCGGUGUCAUUCACAUCGACAACUCUAUCGUGAUACAGAAGGGUAAGCUGAAGCCUGGCGAGAUGUUCCUGGUUGAUACAGGCAAGGCUGAGAUCGUGGACACCAAGAAAUUGAAACUGGAGUUUGCCAGAAGAAAGGACUUUAAAUCGUGGUUGUCCAAAGUUAUCAAGCUGGACGACCUGCUUGUGAAGAACAAGAAAUAUAUCCCUGCCGAAUUCGUUUCUGAGGUCUCGUCCUUCAAGGUCCAAACAGAUCCUCGUCUGUUGGCCAACGGUUACACUUUUGAGCAAGUCUCUCUGUUGUUGACUCCAAUGGCGAUGACCGGUAAGGAAGCGCUAGGGUCUAUGGGUAACGAUGCGCCAUUGGCAUGUCUGAACGAGGACCCCGUCUUGGUCUAUGAUUAUUUCAAACAGCUCUUCGCCCAAGUCACAAACCCACCUAUCGAUCCGAUCCGUGAAGCUAACGUCAUGUCUCUCGAAUGUUAUGUGGGUCCUCAGGGUAAUCUUCUGGAAAUGCAUCCUUCGCAGUGCGAUAGGUUACUGUUGAAGUCACCUAUUUUACACUGGAACGAAUUCAAUGCUCUGCAACACAUCGAGAAAGUGCAUCCAUCCUGGUCGAUCUCCAAUAUUGAUAUCACUUUUGAGAAAUCAGAGGGUUUAUUAGGUUACACUGCCACCAUCGAGCGCAUAACACAGGAAGCAAGUGAUGCCAUCGAUCAAGGCAAGAAAAUCUUGAUUGUGUCAGACCGGAAACUCGGCCCACAAAGAUUGGCUAUCUCUUCGCUUGUUGCAGUUGGUGCCAUCCACCACCAUCUAAUAAGAAACAAGCAGCGUUCUCAGGUGGCUAUAAUCUUGGAGACUGGUGAAGCUAAGGAAGUCCACCAUUUCUGUGUUUUGCUUGGUUACGGUUGUGAUGGUAUCUUCCCAUACUUGGCCAUGGAGACCCUGGUGAGAAUGAACCAUGAGGGCUUGAUUCGUAAUAAUGAAGACGACGACAUCAAAAUCGAUGAUAAAACUUUGCUUGAGAACUACAAGCAUGCCGUUGACGGUGGUAUAUUAAAGGUCAUGUCCAAAAUGGGUAUCUCCACCUUGGCUUCUUAUAAAGGUGCCCAAAUUUUUGAAGCUUUAGGUGUCGACAACUCUGUCAUCGAUGUUUGUUUUGCAGGUACAGCUUCCAGAAUAAAGGGUGUCACUUUUGAGUACCUAGCUCAGGACGCCUUCUCCCUACACGAACGUGGUUAUCCUUCAAGGCCUAUUGUCAAGAAAUCCGCGGGGCUACCAGAGGCUGGUGACUACCACUGGAGAGACGGUGGUUUCAAGCAUGUAAAUGAUCCAACAGCUAUCGCUUCUUUGCAAGAUUCAGUCAGAAACAAGAAUGAAGCCGCCUGGGAUAUGUACGUGAAAAAGGAAAUGGAAGCCAUCAGAGAUUGUACCUUGAGGGGUCUGUUAGAAUUAGAUUUCGAAAAUUCUACCGAGAUUCCUGUAGAACAGGUUGAACCAUGGACUGAAAUUGCCAGAAGAUUCGCAACCGGUGCCAUGUCAUAUGGUUCCAUCUCGAUGGAAGCUCACUCAACACUUGCCAUUGCUAUGAAUCGACUAGGCGCUAAAUCGAACUGUGGUGAAGGUGGUGAAGACGCUGAACGUUCUCUCGUCCAUGAGAAUGGUGAUACCAUGAGAUCCGCUAUCAAGCAGGUUGCUUCUGCUAGAUUUGGUGUUACUUCUUACUAUUUAUCCGAUGCCGAUGAGAUUCAAAUUAAGAUUGCUCAAGGUGCUAAACCUGGUGAAGGUGGUGAAUUACCAGCUCACAAGGUCUCAAAGGAUAUUGCAAAGACUAGACACUCGACUCCGUACGUCGGUUUGAUCUCUCCGCCCCCACAUCAUGAUAUUUAUUCGAUCGAAGAUCUAAAACAACUUAUCUACGAUUUGAAAUGCUCAAACCCAAGAGCUGGAAUUUCCGUCAAAUUAGUCUCCGAAGUCGGUGUAGGUAUCGUGGCCUCAGGUGUAGCCAAAGCUAAGGCGGACCACAUCUUAGUCUCAGGCCACGAUGGUGGUACUGGUGCUGCAAGAUGGACUAGUAUCAAGAAUGCAGGUCUUCCAUGGGAAUUGGGUUUGGCUGAAACUCACCAAACUUUGGUGCUUAACGAUCUGAGACGUAAUGUUGUUGUUCAGACCGAUGGUCAAUUGAGAACAGGGUUCGACAUUGCGGUGGCAGUUCUGCUAGGUGCUGAGUCUUUCACUUUAGCCACUGUUCCUUUGAUUGCUAUGGGAUGUGUCAUGUUGAGGAGAUGUCACUUGAACUCAUGUGCGGUUGGUAUUGCAACGCAAGAUCCAUACUUAAGGAGUAAGUUUGAAGGCCAACCUGAACAUGUUAUUAAUUUCUUUUACUAUCUGAUUCAAGAUUUGAGAAAAAUUAUGGCUAAGUUGGGCUUCCGUAGUAUCGAUGAAAUGAUUGGCCAUUCUGAGAAAUUGAAAAAGAGGGAGAACGUCAACACAAAGUCAAUCAACAUUGAUUUGUCUCCAAUUUUGACUCCAGCUCAUGUUAUUCGUCCCGGGGUCGCUACUAGAUUCCUCAAGAAACAGGACCACAAACUGCACACUCGUCUAGAUAACAAAUUGAUUGAUGAGGCUGAGGUUACCUUGGAUCGUGGUUUGCCGGUGACUAUUGAUGCUGAAAUCAUCAAUACCGACCGUGCAUUAGGUUCAACGCUAUCGUAUAGAAUUUCGAAGAGAUUUGGCGAAAACGGCCUGCCUCAAGAUACUGUUGUAGUGAACAUCCGAGGUUCCGCAGGUCAAUCUUUUGGUGCAUUCCUAACCAAAGGUAUUACUUUCAUUUUGGAUGGUGAUGCUAAUGAUUAUGUCGGUAAAGGGUUGUCUGGUGGUAUCCUUGUUAUUAGACCGCCAAAGGACUCGAAAUUCAAGAGUGAUGAGAAUGUUAUCGUAGGUAAUACCUGUUUCUACGGUGCGACAUCUGGUACUGCCUUUAUUUCUGGUAAUGCUGGUGAGCGUUUCGCUGUUCGUAACUCAGGUGCAACUAUUGUUGUCGAGAGAAUUAAGGGUAACAAUGCCUUUGAGUACAUGACUGGUGGCAGAGCUGUUGUUUUAUCUCAAAUGGAAUCUCUAAAUGCCUUUUCUGGUGCAACAGGUGGUAUUGCUUACUGUUUGACUUCUGACUAUGAUGAUUUUGUUGGCAAGAUCAACCGUGAUACAAUCGAGUUGGAGAGUUUGUCCGAUCCUGUAGAAAUUGCCUUUGUCAAGAAUUUGAUUUUAGAACACCACAAUUACACCAGAUCUGAAUUAGCUGCAAAAAUCUUGAACAACUUCAAUCACUACUUGAAGAAUUUCGUGAAGGUUAUUCCAACCGAUUAUAAAAAAGUUCUUUUGAAAGAAGCUUCUGAUAAAUUGAAGGAGAAAGAAAAGUUGAACAAUGAAUACCUCAAGAGAUUUCAAAGAACAACGAAUAGCAGUGUCGAUGCAACAAAUGGCGAAGUUGAUGCCAUGGUUUCAGCUAAGAAGCAAAACGGCACUGUUUCCUUCAGAUCUACUGUUGUAGAACCUAAGGUCGUUGACCUGGAAGAUUCGAUGCCAGACGCUGAACAACAUGAGAAAAAAGUUGAAAAACUGGAGAAGCUUGAAAAGAACCGCGGAUUCAUGAAAUACAAGGUUCGGUAUGAGAGCAAGAGAAGCCCGGCCACCAGAUCCAAAGACUGGAAGGAGUUCUCCAAUAGUUUGAGUAAGAAGGAUGCCAAGUAUCAAACAGCCAGAUGUAUGGAGUGUGGUACGCCUUUCUGCCAAUCUGAUACUGGGUGUCCCGUUUCUAACGUGAUUCCAAAGUUCAAUGAUCUUGUUUUCAAGGACCAAUGGAAGUUAGCAUACUACAAGUUGAUCGAAACAAACAACUUCCCAGAGUUCACAGGAAGAGUCUGCCCAGCACCAUGUGAAGGUGCCUGUACAUUAGGCAUCAUCGAGGACCCUGUCGGUAUCAAAUCCAUCGAAAGGCUAAUCAUUGAUAAUGCGUUCAAAGAGGGUUGGGUCAAGCCUUCACCACCUGAGACCCGUACUGGGCGCUCUGUUGCCAUCAUCGGCAGUGGUCCAGCCGGUUUAGCUUGCGCUGAUCAAUUGAACAAAGCUGGUCACCACGUCACUGUCUAUGAAAGAGCCGAUCGUUGCGGUGGUCUGUUGAUGUAUGGUAUCCCCAACAUGAAGUUGGACAAGUCCGUUGUGGAGCGCCGUGUUGAGCUAUUGGCUGCCGAAGGCAUUGAGUUCGUCACCAACACCGAAAUCGGUAAAGACAUUUCGGUCGAGACGUUGAAAUCUCAGUUCGACGCCGUGGUCUACGCCAUCGGUUCCACAAUCCCAAGAGACUUGCCUAUCAAAGGCCGUGAAUUGAAGAAUAUCGACUUCGCUAUGACUUUGCUGAAGAACAAUACUGAAGCGUUUUUGCGUAAGGACAUGGAAGCCAUCCGCCAAUCUAUCGCGGGCAAGAAAGUUAUUGUCAUCGGUGGUGGUGAUACCGGUAAUGACUGUCUAGGUACUUCGGUGAGACACGGUGCCGCAUCCGUGCUCAACUUCGAGCUGCUACCUCAGCCACCCAAGCAGCGUGCUAAGGACAACCCAUGGCCACAAUGGCCUCGUGUCAUGAGAGUCGACUACGGCCACGCCGAAGUCAAAGAACAUUACGGUAGAGACCCAAGGGAGUACUGCAUUCUCUCCAAGGAGUUCAUCGGCAACGACCAGGGUGAGGUGACUGCCAUUAAGACGGUCCGCGUCGAAUGGAAGAAGUCGGAGAGCGGUGUCUGGCAGAUGGUAGAAAUCCCAGGCAGCGAAGAGACCUUCGAGGCAGACAUCGUGCUACUGUCGAUGGGUUUCAUCGGACCAGAGCUCAUCGACGACCCAAGCGUCGUCAAGACCAAGAGGGGGACCAUCGGCACUCUGAACGAUGCUUCGUACCGCGUCGACGGCGACAAAGUCUACGCCGCUGGUGACUGCAGAAGAGGCCAGUCGUUGAUCGUGUGGGCCAUCCAGGAGGGCAGAAAGUGUGCUACCUCCGUGGACGAAAACCUAAUGGGCGACAGCAACCUGCCAGGCAGCGGUGGCAUUGUGAGACGUGACUACAGACUGCUCGAAGAGCUUGCGGCCACUGUCUGA